UCUCAUAAAUGAAGCCAGGGUCAGUUCCCCUUUGGGAAAGCAGCCUUUCAAGAUUUUACUUUAACGUCUUACCUGCUGUUAUUUGAUACCAUGGGUGGUACAAUAAACAAGGCAGCUUAUAAAUACAGAUUUGAAACUCCAGAGGGUAGUGAGUGGUGUGUGGGGUCAACUGAUGCCCUUCUAUGAAAAUCAGAUAGCCAGCCAGGCUGCUGUUAGCAUAAUGCAAUUGCUUCUGAGUGGAAGAUGUAAGUUUUCUUCUCUGAAGCUGAGCAUCUGGUUGGGCCCUGAUGACUUUGGGGGUAGUUCUCUUCCUAUGUAGAAACCCAGUUGACCCUCUACCAUUAGUGGGUGCCCAACUUGUAAUUCAGGGAACUGGCUGUUUUUGGUUGAAAGAUCAUGCCUUUGUUAAUCCCCUGUUCACUGGGACCGUGAUAGGGCCUAAGUCUUCUUCCCCCAAACCCACCUGUUUAAAUUAGCCAACUCUUCUGCAAGUGAUAAGAUGAAAUCAUGUUAUCAUGUCAUGGCCUUAGAGUUGGGGAGCCACAGGGUGGGGAGGGGAAAUGCACCAAUCCUCAACCCUCCAGAAAAAAUGUAUGUGUACCUGGGUAAAUGAAUUGUGAAAUGAGUCAAGGUUCUCUUAGCCUGAGGAUAGCGAAAGAAUUGUAGAUCUCUACUGGUUUCCCAGGGCUGCUCCAACAAAUUACUAUAAACUGGGUGGUUUAACACAAUAGAAAUUUAUUCUCUUAAAUUUAUUCUGGAGCUAGAAGUCUGAAAUAAUAGUAUUGGAGGGAGGGUCUGAGGGAGACUCUGCCCCAUGCCUCUCUCCUAACUUUGGCGGUUAACAACAAUCCUUGAUGAUCUCUUGCUUGCAGAUGCAUCACUCCAAUGUCUGCUUUGUCUUCAUACAUCAUUCUCCUGUCUGUGUCUCUGUAUCCAAACCUCCCUCUCCUUUCUCUUAUAAAGACACCAGUCAUUGAAUUUAGGGCCCACCCUAAUCCAGUAAGGAACCCCGUUGGCACAGUAGUUGAGAGUUCGCCCACUAACCAAAAAGUCGGCAGUUUGAAUCCACGAGCCAAUCCUUGGAAACUCUGUGGGGCAGUUCUACUCUGUCCUAUAGGGUCACUAGGAAUCAGAAUCGACUUGACAGCAAUGGGUUUCUAAUCUAGUAUGACCACAUCUUAACAUGACCUGUUUCCAAAUAAGGUCACAUUCACAGGUACUGGGGAGUGAGGAAAUACCCCUGGUGGUGCAGUCAUUAAAUACUUGGCUGCUAACUGAAAGGUUGGCAGUUCGAACCCAGCGGUCACUCCAUGAGAGAAAGAUGUGGCAGUCUGACUCUGUAAAGAUUUUCAGCCUUGGAAACCUUGUGGGGAAGUUCUACUCUGUUCUAUAAGGUCACCAUGAGUUGGAAUGGACUUGACAGCAAUCAGCUGGGGGGUGGGAAGGGGGAUUGGACUUGAACAUAUCUUUUUGUGGGACCCAAUUCAACCCACUAUCUUAUCUUUGAGGUAGAAAAUCUGUAACAAUAUAUCCAAAUAAUUAGUGCACCUCAACUUCUAUAACCAUUUUAAUUAUUCUACACUUAUGACUAGGUUUCCUGCCAAUUUCAUUAUGUGUUUUAAUAAUCCUACUGCAUCAUAGGAUCCUCGGUUACAGGCCUCAAAACAGGAAUAUUCCAUGAACACCAAAAGCCUGGAGCAAACUCUCUUAUCCCUCUUAUCUCCUGGAUAUGGCUUCCCCAGCUUGUCACUCCACCUAGCAACGGAGUGGCUGAUGCAGGGACCUGACUAGAACCUGUCUCUUUCCUGCUGCUUUUCCUUCCUUUCAGGGCUUCCUGCACCAGGCAAAAACCCUACUUUUUCCUUUGUCUUCCCUCACUCCUGGUCUAGCUAUCGCUUCUCCAGCACUGUGACGUGCACAUACCACACCAUGAAACUUUUCCUCCCUUUCUUGCAUUUUUUUCUCAGUUGUGACAAGAAUUUUUGCCUGUCUUUGUUCCAGUCGUGACCUGAAAAUGAUGCCUGUGAUUCCUCUUUCUAAAGAGGAAAAGGAAAACCAGAUAUUUGAAUUCAAAUUUUACAUGAUGUAAAACUCCCAACAUCAACUACAAAACCCUUAAAAAAAAAAAAGGUUGCCAUCGAAUCCAUUCUGACUCAUAGCGACCCUAUAAGAACUGACCCAUACGGUUUCCAAGGAGUGGCUGGUAGAUUUGAACUGCUACAGAAAUUCCCUUUGAUAUACUGUACUUUCCUUUGGUAAACCUUGAUUUUCCUUAAGCCCCAAUAUUUGUGGGCCAUAACUUGAAGUUUGCAUUGAUCAUCUCUCUUUCUGUGGUGGUGAUGACGGAGCGUGGAGAACAGGUACAAGAGGGGAGAAGGCAGAAAAACCUUACGUAUUGACUCUACCACAAUUUCCUACAUCUGCGAAAAUCACAGCAUCACUCUAUUUCUAGACACAGAAUAUCUGGAAAUAUCAGAGAAAUACUUGAAAUAAUGCAGGCUUUUAAAAGUCUAAUAAUAAAACAUGCUUAUUGUUGCAAAUGUGGCCUAUGCCUUUUAACUGAAAUACGUUUGCGUACAUUUUAUUUGUAUUUAUUUAAUUAAGUUUAUCUAAGUUUUUACGCAUUAAAAAUACCAUCAUUCCAUUCCUUUCCCUCUAAGAUGUGCACAUCUGUAGAAAGAAGCUUAAAGUAAAGAUUGCUUCCCAAGGUGCCAGAAAUGCAAUAAAAAUGCUUAAAAGGAUUAUUCGAAUUAACAAAGGGCAAAUAUGGGUAUUUUUUCUGAGGCUUGUUGUUAUCUUUUCUUUUUGUUUAGCCUCUGCAUCUCAGGAAAAACAAUUAAAAUAUAGAUCGUGGCAAUGUGUCCAUUAAAUUCUAGAGCUAUGAAAAUACAUGGACAGUCUUCACAUUUUGGUGGUGGUGGGGCUCUGUGUAAACCUUGGAUCAAAAGUUCAAAACCCAAACCAAUAGUUUUGGAUUUGUCCCAGGGUGGCCCAUAUGACAGUCAUCCAGGACAGACCUGUCACACAGAUCUAUGGAAGGAAAAACAGAAGUGUUUCUUACAAUAGGCACUAGACUCAGGGUUUUCAGUUGAAAAACUAGAUUAUGCAAUUUUGUACUCAAGAAAAGAAAUCAUCAGCGUUUUCAGCUUAAGUUCAUUUUCACUUUUUUUUUCUAAACCAUAACCAGAUAAGUUAUGUUAUCUUAAACUUUCUUCUGAGGGCUUAAAUGAUCACACUUUUUAAGUUUUCCUACGUUCAUUCGCGCUAUCUGGAGUCUAAAUGUUGUGCUCCUUCUUUUAUUCAUUUGGGCAUGACUUAUCUUGUUUCUCAGCAGUUCCCAAGGCGGCUGGAAUCCGUCAGAAACUGAGCAGACAGUGAACACUCUCAGCUGCUUUCUUCAGUCGUUGGAACUGAAGCCAACACAAAGCAGUUUGAAAAACGUGUGAUUCACACACCAGCUAAAGACAAGGCUUUGGAGGUUUUCAAAGUAGCCUGUGCUUCUUCCUUGGAUGGACAGGGACAAGUAAAAUUUUACAAAGUGCCAUCAGAGGCCCUGAGAAGGCAAACGCAUCUGGUUUUCAUCCCCUUGCUGAAUGGGGUUUGCUGCAGCAGCCCACUGAGGGCUCUUUUCCUCAGGAUUCCGAACUUAUAAUAGGAAAACCAGCCUGGGAAGAUGCUGAGUUCGAUCAAGUGUGUGCUGGUGGGAGACUCUGCUGUGGGGAAAACGUCUCUGUUGGUGCGCUUCACCUCAGAGACCUUCCCGGAGGCCUACAAGCCCACAGUGUACGAGAACACAGGUGUGGAUGUCUUCAUGGACGGCAUCCAGAUCAGCCUGGGCCUCUGGGACACAGCUGGCAACGACGCGUUCAGAAGCAUCCGCCCCUUGUCCUAUCAGCAGGCAGAUGUGGUGCUGAUGUGCUACUCCGUGGCCAACCAUAAUUCUUUCCAGAACUUGAAGAACAAGUGGAUUGGUGAAAUCAGAAGCAAUUUGCCCUGUACCCCUGUGCUAGUGGUGGCCACUCAGACUGACCAGCGGGAGGUGGGGCCCCACCGGGCCUCCUGCGUCAAUGCCAUAGAUGGAAAGAGACUGGCCCAGGAUGUGAGAGCAAAGGGCUACCUGGAGUGUUCAGCUCUCAGCAACCGGGGAGUGCAGCAGGUGUUUGAGUGUGCCGUCCGAACUGCUGUCAACCAAGCCAGAAGGCGCAACAGAAGGAGGCUUUUCUCCAUCAAUGAGUGCAAGAUCUUCUAAAGCCCACAGAGACCCAAUGCUCAUUUACUCACCCCAGAGACUAAUGGGUAGAGGGAGCGUAGGCAAGCUGGGAAGAGUUCAUACUCUUCCUGGAUACAUCUUGAGCAGUGUUUCCUUUUGGGCACACUUGAUGAUGAGGCUUGGCCUCUGAAUGAACUCUACAAACUAACUUCUUGCCCAGUUCAAUAAAAAUUCUUUGGGAAGCUAUAAUGAUUAUUCAUUCCAUCUUCGAUUAAAAAAAAAAAAAUUAAAAUGAGGGUCACCCAUGUCCCUUUAAUUUUGGACAACAAAGUGAGUUUCCCAAAGAACUUCGUAUUUAAAGACAUAUUUUAUUUAAAUAUUAACAAAAUGCAUAACUCUUGUAUAUAAUUAGGUUUAGAAAGUCUUUUCAUAUGUACUUACAAACACAAAUUCCUGUUUAAGUGAAAUUACCUAAUGGGGCUCUGCCAUAUGUUUGUAGCGUUAUUAUUAUCUCCUGAAGUGGUAGUAGUUUUAUUGAAUCCACUUGCCUGGAUUUUACUAGGUAAUCAAAUUUAAAAAAGACCAUAAACUCAUCCUUUUGGUUAAUUUUCCACCUACCUAUCUUAUUUAAAGCUGUAAAUAAAAACAUAGUUCAAUAGUGUAUUUCAAUACUGCCUAAUGUUUGUGUAUAAAAAAAAAACAGCAUUAGGCAGUAUUAAAAUACAUUAUUGAACUAGAUUUUUAAUACUGCCUAAUGAUGUAAAGGAGCCCUGGUGGUGCAGUGGUUAACAGCUACGGCUGCUAACCAAAAGGUCAGCAACUCGAAUCCACCAGCUGCUCCUUGGAAACCUUAUGGGGUAGUUCUACUCUGACCUAUAGGGUCACUAUGAGUUGGCAUCCACUUGAUGGCAAUGGAUUUUUGGAGUGAUUUAAAAAUUAUCACCUACAUUUCUCUAUCAUUAGAAAAAUCUUUUUAAAAUUUACUGUAUUACCUUUCACUCCAUGAACUCCAAUUAUACACUAAAUAGACCUAUCUCAUUCACCAAGAAAGACUGAAACCUUUCAGGUGGCUAAUCAGAUUGCUCCAAGUAAUAGCUGCAGAACCUGGGACAGAGCCACUAACAAGCUGAACUUAUUAACCCUGUGUACCACUGAAGGACUCUUCUUUUUUUUCUUUAUUGUGAUUUAAGUGAAAGUUUACAAAUCAAGUCAGUCUCUCAUAUAAAAACUUUAUACACCUUGCUAUGUACUCCUAGUUGCUCUCCCCUUAAUAAGACAGCACACUCCUUCUCUCCACCCUGUAUUCCCCGUGUCCAUUCAGCCAGCUCCUGUCCCCUUCUGACUUCUCAUCUCCCUUCCAGACAGGAGCUGCCCACAUAGUCUCACGUGUCUACUUGAGCCAAGAAGCUCACUCUUCACCAGUAUCAUUGUCUAUCUUAUAGUCCAGUCCAAUUCCAGGGACUUUUCUUGAUGGCAUUUAUUUCAGUGUCUCAGGGCCUAGCACUGGGAAGGAAUAGGAGCUAAACAAAAGUCUGUUGAACCAAACUGGAGAGAAAAAGACAGGUAUUGGGCUGUUGUGCCACCUAAGUGGUUAUGGGAAAGAAGCAGACCCUAGCCGUCCUCACAGGGGUAAGAAGCAGAAUUAGUCAUUUUGGUGGAAUCCAUGUAAUUGUUGUGAUUUAUAAGUAUGUUCUACAUGUGUGUAUAUUUAUUUUUGCCUGCCUAGAUUCAGGCAUAUUCUUAUUCUUCAAAAAAGUCAUGAUACCUUUUCGUGGACUAGAUUGUGUGUCAAUUCUUAAAUAUACCAAGUAGCGACAUUAAAUAUACCCUUGUUUAUAUUAAAGAGUUGGCAAUGAUUUGAGUGGCUGAGUGAUUCAUCCUAUUCCGUCUUGCUUUAUUCUGACUAUUUAAAUGAGGGGCAGAAUCCAAAAAAACCAAGCCCAUUGCUGUCGAGUCAAUUCUGGCUCCUAAUGACCCUACAGGACAGAGUAGAGCUGCCCCAUAGGGCUUCCAAGGCUGUAAUGUUUGUGGAAGCAGACUGCCACAUCUUUCUCCUUCGGAGUAGCUAGUGGGUUUGAACUGCUGACCUUCUGCUUAGAAGCUAAGCACUUUAAACUCUGUGCCACCAUGGCUCCUUAGCCAAGUCCAGUGUGAUAUAAUUAGGCUGAGUGACAAAAAGCUGAAAGCACCCAUUCCUGAUACAUGUAAGAUAUUAUAUUGUUGUUGUGAUCCAUAAGAUUUAAAAAAUUUUCUAAUUAGUUUUGUUGUUGAGGCUGUACACAGCAGAACAUACACCAAUUAAGCCAUUUCUACAGGUACAAUUCAGUGACAUUGAUUACAUCCUUUGAGUUGUGCAUCCAUUCUUACCUCCCUUUUCUGAGUUGUUCUACCUCCACUAACAUAAGCUCACUGCCCGCUAAAAUCCCUAUCUGAUCUUUUUAGUUGCUGUUGUCAGUUUGAUUCCAUAUAGAUACUUCUAAAAACAGCAUAAUGCUUAAGGCAGGCAUCCUUUACUAGUUAAGCUAAACUGUUGUUUGGUUUUAAGAGGACUUCAGGGGAUAUUUCUGGUUUGAGGUUUAAAGAUUAUCUCAGUGCAAUAGUUUUCAGGGUUCAUCCAGCCCCCACGGCUCCAGAAAAUCUGGAUUCCAUGAAAAUUUGAAAUUAUUUUCUCCAUUUUCUCCGUUUUGAUAAGAAUUCUUCUAUAGAAUCUUUGAUCAAAACUUUCAGUAAUGGUAGCCGGGCAACGUCCAGUUUUUCUGGUCUCAUGGCAAAGAAGGCAGUUGUUCACGGACACAAUUAGCCACACAUUCCAUUUCCUCCUCCUAUUCCUGACUCUCCUUUUUAAUCUGUUGAUCCAGGCGAAUACAAACCAAUUAUAGUGCCAAAAGACAAUAAUACUGAUGGUUAAAAUCUGUCGAAUGCUUCAGAAUUGCUGGGCACUGUGCUAAGCACUUUUGUGUGCAACAACUCAUCACAUGGCAUGUAAGUGGCCACACUAUGAGUCUCAUCCUACUUGAUGAAACUGAGUCUCAGCACAUUGAUGCAAAGAGUCCAAGGCAAUACAGCAGGUGAGUGGCAGCACCAGGAACCUCAAGCAGGUGUGUCUAACUCCAAAGCUGUGCUCAAAACCACCAUGCCUCACUUCCUCCCAGAGCAGCUCGACUGCAUGGCUUUGCCACAUCCUAUCUCAUGUGACCUUGUAGACCUCAUCACUAGCAGCCAAGUGGCCUGUAUUUUAAAAAUUAUUUUUCAAUAAAACAUUCUGAGUCUGAGCUUAGUCUUUCUCUUUCAUUUUUCUUUCUGGCAAUGAGAACAGGAUCUGACUAAGUCACAGAGCACCAUCAUUUGUAAAGGUCCUUAUCUGCUAUGGAUUGAAUUGUGUCCCCCCCAAAAAUAUGUUGAAGUCCUAAAUACUGGUACUUGUGAAUGUGACCUUGUCUGGACAACAUCUUUGAAGAUGUUAUCAGUGAGGUUAACAUGAAGUCACAGAGGAGUAGGGUGGGUCCUAAUUCUGUAUGAGUGGUAUCCUUAUAAAAGAGAAGAUACUCAGACUGGAGGACAGGGGAACGAUGCCAUACAACUGCAAGCAAAGAAAUGCUGGGAGCUACCAGAAUCUAGGAGGAAGGCAUGGAAUAGUUUCUCUCUCAGAGCCGUCAGAAGAAAUUGACACACUCAAUACCCUUAUUUAGACAUUUAGCCUCCAGAACUGUGAGACAAUAAAUUUUUGUUCUUAUAAACUACCCAGCUUGUGGUAUUUUGUUACAGUAGCUCAGGGAUCUAGUACACUACCCCAAUCUUGACUUUUAAGUAUAAUUUCAGAGGUCGAUUGCAUGUGAAUUGACAAAGAUGAAAUAUACCAUGACUUGACACUUUAAAAAACGUGGGAAAAUUCUUUUUCAUGUCUUACUUUUCCAGCCCUCAGGUUUCAGGUAUUUCCUUUAGAUGAGGGAGUAAGAGGGGGAAGAGGGGUGGAUUCUUUCUUUCUUAGGAUUUGGCACUAAGGAACUGCACUUCACCCAGAAUGAGAUGUGAUGGGAGGAUUCCACUUGGGAGAUCUGUAGGGUUUUGAUGCAGCAGAGGGCACAGGCGUUUGUGAGUGUUUGUCCUGAAUAUUGAGAAGACAAUCCUUGGAGUUGAGUCAGGUCAGCACAACUCAAUGGUAGGGACAUUUUUCCUGAGGCUGUGUCUCUCUCAAUAAAGCAGAGAAACAUAAUCACUGACCAAGAUCUCAAGCAAUUUUUCACAAGAUAAAAUAAACCGUAGAAAAAUUUUUUGAUGUAUAUUCAUAGAGUACUUGAAUAAAUCUAAAUUCCACAUUAACUUUUCAGUAGAUUCUAAAAUAUAUCCUGACAUGGAACCUAGUAUUUAAUGGAAGAUAGAGAGCCAUCCUUGAAGUUGUCAAGGAUUUCAUUUUACUUGGAUCCACAAUCAACAGCCACGGAAGCAGCAGUCAAGAAAUCAAAAGAUGCUUUGCAUUGGGCAAAUUGGCUGCAAAAGACCUCUUUAAAGUGUUGAAAAGCAAAGAUGUCACCUUGAAGACUAAAGUAUGCCUGACCCAAGCCAUGGUGUUUUCAAUCACAUUAUAUGCAUGUGAAACCUGGACAAUGAAUAAAGAAGACCAAGAAGAAUAAUUGACGCCUUUGAGUUGUGGUGUUGGAAAAGAAUAUUGAAUAUACCAUAGACUAUCAAAAGAAUGAACAAAUCUGUUUUGGAAGAAGUACAACCAGAAUGCUCCUUAGAAGCAAGGAUGGUGAGACUAGUCUCAUAUACUUCGGACAUGUUAUCCGGAGGGAUCAGUCCCUGGAGAAGGGUAUCAUGCUUGGUAAAGUAGAGGGUCAUUGAAAAAGAGGAAGAGUCUCAAUGAAAUGGAUUGACACAGUGGCUGCAACAAUGGGCUUAAACACAACAAUGAUUGUGAGGAUGGCGCAGGACCAGCAGUGUUUCGUUCUAUUGUACAUAAGGUCGCUAUGAGUCAGAAGUGACUCGAUGGCACCUAAAAAAAACAACAACAGACAGCCAUCAUGAGGGACUAAGAGGUGGGACAGGUGGAGUGUAUUUUAGAGUCAGAAAGUCUGAGCUGUGUCUUUCCCCCUCAGUUUUCCUUUCUCAAAACAGAGAUACUAAUUCCUGGGUCACUCUAAGAAUUAGUACAACAAUGAUUGUGGAAAUGCUUUAUAUCUGUAAACUGUCGUUCAACUGGUGAUGUUAUUAUGUUUUUGAUAAAUCCCUAUACAGACAAAUAGGCUGAAUAGUCUAGAUUAGGUUAGAAUAUUCUAGAACUUGUUAAUAGUAUGCCACAUGUUGGGACACCCCACACAGAAGCAGGCUCCAGUUGAAGCAGUGUUAAAUAGAGUAAACUCACCACCCAGUGCCAUCGAGUCGAUUCCGACUCAUAGCGACCCUAGAGGACAGAGUAGAACUGCCCCAUAGAAUUUCCAAGGAGCGCCUGGCGGAUUUGAGUAAGGUGAGUAAAAUACCACAUGAUGAUAAUCACAAUAGCAACAAACUACAUUUGAAUGUCUACAGGUUCCAGGCCCUGUGCUAGGCUCUUUACAUACAUCAUAACAUCCUCUUAAAAUGCUCCCAAGGUAGAUAUUGUUCUCUCUUGUUAAGGAAACUGAGGUUUAGGCAGAUAAAUGGGGAUAUUUCCCUUUUACAGGUAUUUUUCACAAUGUCCCAGUUUUACCAUGUAACUUUGGUAUAAUUAAACUUCACUAGCUAAAAACGACAUGAUUGAUUAUAUUUAAUGUUCUUUACACUUUAGUGUAAAGAACAUUAAAUAUAAUCAACCAAGGUGGUUAAGAACGAUCCCUGUUACACACUGUAGGGCUGUGCUGAUGAUUAGUGCUUGGCAGCCUUCCUGUGUGAGCUUUCUUUUGUUAUUCUUUCUGGAAAAAAUCUCAGGUGUUUCAUAUCUCACUGGACUGGCUGGUCUUUGGAUGCUUAUAAAUGUUCCCUGUAGCCAUACCAUAGCUCUGCAAGAAGUACCUUCAUUCAAGUCUCUUCAUUUGAUCCAUUUGGAAUCAAUUUCUUAUUCUGUGGGACUUUGAUACACUCACUAAAUAUCAAAAGGCAUCUAUCUGUUCUGGCACUUAGUGACUACUCAAGUCCCCACUGUAGGGGACAGAGCCUAGGUAACUGUUCUGUCCUGAACCUCAAAAUCCAGGAAAUAUUGCUGUAGACAUCUAUUUGCUUGGAAGAGAGAGGGGAGAAAUAUGUUGGUUAAUUCCAAUCUGAAUAAGCAGAAGAAUAAUUUGGGGAUAGCAAUUUUCACGAAUUGUUGGUAUUCUAGUGAGACAUUUAUAUUAAGAGGAGACCUGUGGAGAAGUGGUUAAAGUGAUCGACUGCUAACUGAAAAGUCGGUGGUUCGAAAUUACCAGCGGCUUCUUGGGAGAAAGAUGUUGCAGUCUGCUUCUUUAGAGAUUUACAGCCUUGGAAACCCUGUGGGGUCACUUUGAGUCAGAAUAGACUAACUGGCAGUGGGUUUGGUUGGGUUUCCUAUCCAUAUUAUAUAUAUAUAAUGUGUAAAGAACUACUAUGAAUAAAUAAGACAAACACCUAAUUUAAAAAUAGAGAUUUCUCAGAAGAGAAAAUAUGUAUGACCAAUAAACAAGAACAGGAGUUCAAUCUCAUUAGUACUCGGGGAAAAGCAAAACAGACAAAAUAAAACAACAAAAAAACUCACAGUGUGAGUUUUAACCUUUGACAUGGAUUGAAUUAUGUUUUCCCCGAAAUGUGUCUAUCAACUUGGUUAGGCCAGCAUUGUGUGGUUGUCCUCCAUUUGUGACUGUAAUUUUAUGCUGGGAGGAUUAGGGUAGGAUUGUAACACCACCCUUACUCAGGUCACUUCCCGGAUCCAAGGUAAAGAGAAUUUCCCUGUGGCCUGCACCAGCUUUUAUCUCUCAAGAGAUAAAAGGAAAGAGAAGCAAGCAGAGUUGGGGAUCUCAUACCACCAAGAAAGCAGCGCCAGGAGCAAAGUGCAUCCUUUGGAGACAGGGUCCCUGUGCCUGAGAAGCUCCUUGACCAGGGGAAGUUUGAGGACAAGGACCUUCCUCCAGAGCUGACAGAGAGAGAAAGCCGUCCUCUGGAGCCGACGCUCUGAAUUUGGACUUUUAGCCUACAUUACCAUGAGGAAACAAAUUUCUCUUUGUUAAAUCCAUCCACUUGUGGCAUUUCUGUUACGGCAGCACUAGAUGACUAAGACAAUAUUUUAACCACCAAGUUGGCAAAAAAUGAAAAAGUAUGACAAUAUCAAAUGUUGACAAAGACGUGAAACAAUAGGAACUCAUACAUGCUGCUUAUGAGAGUGUAAAUUGGUAUAAGUUGCAGGCAUUAUUUAGUAAUACUGAAUAUUCAAAUACCCUUGACCUAGAAAUUCCAUGAACCAGAGAUUUCCUGGGAGACAUUAUAAGAAUGCUCUUAGUAGUAUUGUAGGUAAUAGAAAAAAGUAGAAAGAAACCAAUGUGAUCAACAGAGAGUGGUUAAAUAAAUUUUGGUGUAUUCACACACAGAAUACCAUGUGGCAAUGAAAAGGAAUGAACUGUAGCUACACAUAUCCAUACAGAUAUGUGGUGCAAUGGCUAAGGGCUUGGCUGCUAACCAAAGGUUGAUGGUUUGAAUCCACCCAGCUGCUCCAUGGAAGAAAGACCUGGAAAACUGUUCCCAUAAAGAUCACGGCCUAGAAAACCUUAUGGGGGCAGUUCAACUCUGUCACAUGGGGUCGCUAUGAGUUGAUAAUGGACUCAAUGGCACCUAACAACAGCCAAUGUUGAGGGAAAAAAGCAAGUAGUAAAAUAAUACGUACUGUAUGAUUCCAUUUUUAUAAAAUUCAAAUGCAAGCGAAAUUUACCAAUACAAUACUUAUGAUUAAAGUUUUUUUUUUUUUUUUAAAGCAAGAGAAUGAUUAACAUAGCAUUCAGAUUGGUAGUUACCUCUUCCAGGGAGGGAGGGGAAUAUGAUUGAUCAGGGUUACUCAGGGGCAUCACAGACAUUGGUCCGUUCUAUUUCUUAAGCUUGGGAAGUGGAUACAUGAGCUCUCAUUUAAUUUUUUUGGUCAUUAUUUAUUAUCUAAACUAUUCUUAUACGUUUUAUAUACUCAUUUAUGUGUAUGAUACAAUUCAUGGUUUAAAAUGUAAAAAAAAAAAACAUGUUCAAGUUCUGUAGUCAGACUGCCUGGACU